AUGUCUCUGGAGGCCGAUAUUCUCCAGGAUGAGCAGGUUCAGCAGUUCGAGGUGGAAUCAGAGCAGCAGUUGCAGGAUGACCAACAGCUUCCCGCCGAUGUCAACGAAGGCAACAUUGAAGACAAUGAAGAUGAUGAAAUUUUGAAGCCAAACGACGAGGCAGCAGACGAUGCUGAAGGCAAUAAUGGCGUGGAAGACGCACAGGAUGCAGAUGAAGGCGCUGGAGAUGAGGAUUUUGAUGCCACCAAUACCGAAAAUGGUAAUGUCGAACAGGAUUACGACGACGAAGAUAUCUACAGCAUGCAAAGUCAUAAAACCAAGGAGGGCAAUGCUACUCGAAAAAAGAUCAUCCGUAAGAAGACUAAGGAGGCACCUGAGCUUCCAAACUUUACGGCCGAACGGCCAUCGGAGGAUAUUUAUGCCGAUAACGAUGUGAUUGACUACUCCAAUGAAGACCCAGCCACCAGGAAGAGACGACUCUUAGAAGAGAGAAUGACUAUGGCAGUCAAGUCGAAAACCGUUAGAAAGAGAAAGGCUGAUGAGGACGACUUGGAGAGAAUGCAGGAUGAUAAGAUCGAUCAGUUGAAGAACUUGAUGAUCGAGGCAGCCAAUUUGGAUGUGGAGAAGAAUUCACAGGGCCAGAUCGCAACAGAAAAGUUGAAACUUUUGAAGGAAGUGAUGGAUACAUUGUCUAAGGCGGACUUGGCCAUUUCGAUUUUGGAUAAUAACCUUCUUGAGGCCGUCAGAUUGUGGCUCGAACCUUUGCCAGACGCUUCCAUGCCAGCAUACCAGAUCCAGAAGGAGUUGAUGCAGUCGUUGACAACGUUGCCUAUCAAAACAGACCAUUUGGUAGCGAGUGGUAUCGGAAAGGUGUUGGUCUUCUACCAGAGAAGCAAGAGAACCGAGCCCAAUUUGAAGAAAAUCGUGGACCGGUUGAUAGGGGACUGGACUCGGCCAAUCUUGAAUAAGUCCGACUCGUACAAGGACAGAACCAUCAGGUUCCACGACUACAACAAGUCCAAAUUCACUAACAAGUUGCAGUCACUGCGAAAGAAUAAGACUAAGGAGUCCAAGACUUUGUAUGAGCAACAGGCUGAAAGAAGAAACCGUGCUGCCAUCCCUAGUGCCAGAACCACCGCCUACAAGAUUGCACCAAAGGUUGAUCCAAGCUUAUUGAUGAGACAGCAGAAGGGUUCAGGAGAAAUGUUCAACCGUAUCAACAGAAAGAUGACCAACUCGAGAAAGAAGGUUGUCAAGAAGUCGGGACCAUCUAUUGAGGGUAAGAACUUGUCUAUGUAA